CAUGUAGACAGCAGUUAGCAUGAUAUACCGGAUCGCCUCCUUCAAUUCACAAUCCCAUUAAUUAUUCUGCAAUUUUGCAUUAUUAUGAAUAUGGAGAAGAAGAAGAAGAAGCAUCUUUCAUCCAUUGCUAACCACGUUAUUGGAACAUGCGCCCAAAAGCUCGAUUCCUCUGUGGAUCAUCUGAUUCAAGAAUUCGAGAGAGGAUGGAAGCCUGAAAUGGAUAGUUACUCAAAGAAACUAGUAGAAUUCUGCUGUACAAAAGCACUUGCACUCCUGUGUGGAACCAUAGAUGAAACAAUCAGCAACGGCUCUUUUAGCCGCUUCACAUUUGAUAUGAUGCUGGCUUGGGAGAUGCCAAGCUCCACAGAUGAAGAAUCUCACUCUGAGUCUAUGGCAAAGGAGAAAGAGGAGAGAAAGGUUCCAGCAGUUACCAACAAAAUACAAGAUGAUGUUUCUAUUUUCUAUACAGAUCUCAUGCCACUCCUAGUUGAUAGAGAGCCAAGUGCAGGAGAAGAUGCAUUUGUAUGGUUGGGAACACUUGUUCCUUUGGUAGUAGACAUAGUCAAUGGAAGAUUUACUUAUGACACACUGACUGCGCCUACAGCUAAUCGGCUUCAUUUUCCAGCAUACGACAAGUUCUUGAAAGAGAUUCAGAGAUGUAUUAAGCAUUUACAGAAGCAAGACACUCCAGCGGGCGUGGAGCUAGCAGACGAUGAAUUUAUAUUGCACGUAGAGGGAACUGCAAGUUCCAACAGGGUGGUGCGCCAUAUUGGGGGAACAAGUUGGCCAGGCAGGUUGACAUUGACGAACUAUGCCCUUUACUUUGAGGCCUCGGGUAUUGUAUCAUAUGAAGAUGCACUGAAACUCGACCUUUCAAAGGACGUUCAGCAUAGUGUAAAACCCACGGCGACUGGUCCUUGGGGUGCUCCCCUUUUCGACAAAGCUAUAGUUUAUGAAUCUUCUGAAUUGCAGGAGGGCGUCAUCAUAGAGUUCCCUGAGAUGACGAGUGCAACAAGACGUGACCAUUGGUUUGCUCUCGUGGAGGAGAUCAUGCUGCUGCACCAGUUUCUGCUCAAGUUCAAGGUGAAAUCGGAACUACAAGUGUGGGAAUUGCAUGCAAGGACCAUAUUAGGGAUCAUUCGACUUCAUGCAGCGCGAGAAAUGCUUAGAAUUUCACCUCCGGAGCCGAAGAGCUUCUUAAUAUUUUCCUUGCUGAAUGAGCUGCCAAAGGGGGAUUACAUACUACAGGAGCUCUCCGACAGUGUGAAAACAAUCACAGGUGGAAAUCCGUGCAGCGCCAGUUCGAUUCUCAGGAAUUUGAACGUCUCUCAACCCUGCAUUCCUUGCCUAGAGCCGAAGCAGAUCACUGGUGACACCGGGAUGGUGCAGCCUGAAAGUCUGUCGUUAUUGGAGGAUGCUAUAAACCAAUCGAGAGAGGAAGCCAAAGAAGUUGAUGUGGCUAAAGCUUCGGCCGAGGGAAUAAAAGAGGAAGGAAUCAGUGAAAGCGCGCAGGUUCUUAUGGGUCUGCUUAAUCCGGUUGGAAGUUUAGCCACCCGGGGCCAACGAGUCUUGCAAUGGGAACGGCCCAUGACCACUUCCAUUCUGGUUUUAUCUUCACUGAUAGUCAUCUACAAAGAAUGGGCGGGUCCUGCUAUAUCAGCGUUGUUGUUGUGGAUGGUUGCGACGAUGCUACAGGUUAGGAGGAGAAGAAUCCCAGAAAAGCAUAACAAAAUUGUCAUCUGUGCUGGAUCCGACCAGUCGGCAAUGGAGAGUAUAGUAACUGCACAACAGGGACUAAGAACCGUACACGAGACAAUGAAGCAGACGAACAUAGCAUUGCUCAAAAUCUGGUCAAUACUGACCUCCGAAGCUCCAAAGCACACGAACACGGUGAUGGUGGCUACGAGUUGCUGUGCGGCCAUACUAGCCGUGAUCCCAUUCAAAUAUAUCCUAAUGGCCGGUGUAGUGUAUGGUGCUGUGAUGACAUCAAAAAGUGGGAGGUCUAUGCAGAAUGAGCAAGGCAAUCGCCGACUGUGGGAAUGGUGGGACUCCAUUCCGAUAAUCCCCGUUGAAAUAGUGGACAACCAACCAGCAAGUACUUCGCAACGAUCCGACUGAGAGGUUGUCUGAGGUGCUGUGUUAGAGUUGUGUUUCGAGGGUUUGCUCCUUUGUAUUGUAUAUAAGGAAAUUUUUAGAUUGUGAAGUUUUUGUUUUACACGGAUAAUAGUGUAUAAAAUGGUCAUAAAUGUUAUAGAAGCUUAUACAAUGCAUAGAUUUUUAGAUUGUGAUGUUUGAA